AUGCACCCCGUCUGUGUGAGGCGGGAGCCCAGCAUCCCCAGCUACGGGCUGCGGCGGUCCAUCUCCCUGAACAGCAGGCUGCAGGACUGCUAUGUGGACUCCCCGGCCCUCGCCAGCAUCUGGACGGCCCGGGCAUGCGGCCCCGCCCCGGGGACCGCCUCCUCCUGGGAGGUGGUGGAGAGCCCCAUCGUCCCCAGCUCGCUGUCCCUGCUGAAGCUGGUGCUCCGGCGACGGCUGAAGGACACGUGCUGCCCGGGACCCUGCCCGUUUGGAGAAGCAAAGCCCUCGAAGGGAGCGGAGCCCGAGGACCAUUCGGCCACUCGGCGGCGGGGCAGGAGGAGACACGCCAUCGGUCCGAAGAGCAAGCCGGUCCGGGGCCGGCAGCCGGCCUCCCCCAGGCGCCGGAGGCCUGCAGGGGGCACCGACCAGAGUGAAGCAAGUUCAAAGGAGAGAAGGGGAACCGCCCGCCAAGAUCCCGAGAGCAGAUACGCCGAACAUGUGGCCGCCCCCCAAGCGCCGGCCAGGGACGUGGGGCCCGCGGCCUGCCAGGGCCGGGCGCCGCCGCCCGGAGCCGGGACCAGACCGCAGCGGUCAGACGUGCUCACCAUCCACGGCCUCCCCGCCGAGGCGUACCGGGCUCUGUACCACGCCGCGGUGGAGCCGAUGCUGUGGAACCCUUCGGGGACCCCCAAGCGGUACAGCCUGGAGCUGGGCAGGGCCGUCAAACAGAAGCUCUGGGAGGCGCUGUGCAGCCAGGCCGCCGCCCCCCACGGGGCUCAGGACCCCUUGCCGGCCAGGACGUGGCUGGCGGUCGACGGGGAGCCUGUGCCCGAGACGUGGCCCAAGGUCAGGAGGGAGAAAUAG